GCGGCUCCGGGGUUCAUGGUGACGAGGCGGCGGCCGCUCCAGCCCAGCGGCGGCGGCGGCGGCGGCCGGCGGGAGCGGGGGCGCGGGCCGGGGCCGCCUCUCCCAGAGAGCGGGGCCGGGCGGCGGGCGCGCCCAGGCGGCGGCGGCGGCGAGCGCCCCCCCCGGCCCGCGGCCCCGCGCGCCCCCCGCGCCGCGCGCCCGUGCGCCUGGCUGCCGGGGGGCCGGGCCGGCGGGCUGCCGCCGUGCCGCGCACCCAUGGACGGCCCGGCCAUCAUCACCCAGGUGACCAACCCCAAGGAGGACGAGGGCCGGGCCCCGGGCGCCGGCGAGAAAGCAUCCCAGUGCAACGUCAGCCUGAAGAAGCAGAGGAGCCGCAGCAUCCUCAGCUCCUUCUUCUGUUGCUUCCGUGAUUACAAUGUGGACGCUCCGCCGGGCAGCAGCCCUGGUGUUCUUCCGCCGCUGGUGGAGGAGAACGGCGGGCUUCAGAAGCCACCAGCUAAAUAUCUCCUUCCAGAGGUGACGGUGCUUGACUAUGGAAAGAAAUGUGUGGUCAUUGAUUUAGAUGAAACAUUGGUGCACAGUUCAUUUAAGCCUAUUAGUAAUGCUGAUUUUAUUGUUCCCGUUGAAAUCGAUGGAACUAUACAUCAGGUGUAUGUGCUGAAGCGGCCACAUGUGGACGAGUUCCUCCAGAGGAUGGGGCAGCUGUUUGAGUGUGUGCUCUUUACUGCCAGCUUGGCCAAGUACGCAGACCCUGUGGCUGACCUGCUGGACCGCUGGGGUGUGUUCCGGGCCCGGCUCUUCCGAGAAUCAUGUGUUUUCCAUCGAGGGAACUAUGUGAAAGACCUGAGUCGCCUUGGGCGGGAGCUGAGCAAAGUGAUCAUCGUGGACAAUUCUCCUGCCUCGUACAUCUUCCAUCCUGAGAAUGCAGUGCCUGUGCAGUCCUGGUUCGAUGACAUGACAGACACGGAGCUACUGGACCUCAUCCCCUUCUUUGAGGGCCUGAGCCAGGAAGACGACGUGUACAGCAUGCUGCACAGACUCUGCAGUAGGUAGCCCCGGCCUCCGCCCGCCUCCCGCCUGUGCACCCUGGAACCUCAGCCUCGGGACCUGCCUGGCCUCAGCUCCCCAGGAGUUAAGAGUGAGGACACGCCAUACUCCAGGCCACGGGGCGAAUGUGGCCAUACCUACCUGGUUUAUUUUUUAAGAACAGAAACAACUAUUUUAAAAUGAACUCUUUUAACGAAUUUCGUAAAGGGACAUGCAUUUUACUGGAUUUGCUUUUCUUAAAACAUACCAAAAAGGAAAAAAAUGGGAAAAAAAAAAGCUUGAUAUCUAUCAGACUUCCUUUCAACUGUCCUCCCCUCCAGCAGACAGCCUGUCCCCUUCUACCCCAGCUCAGAGUAGCUGACCCAACUCAGAAUCUCUUUCCUACAGGAUGAAGUGCCUUUUUGAAUGUUAUUUUAAGCUGAGAGUUAAUUUUUCUAUACAACGUAUUUCCAGACAUCUUUUAGUCUUUUAUUGUCUUAGCUUCUCUAAGAAGAUAAAUAUGACAAUUUUCUAAAACCUGGAAGGUGGGAGGGAGGUGGGUGGUAAGGGAUGGGGGUGAGUCAUAGGAGCCUGUCUCCCAGCGGGUGUGCUGCUCCGACUGCCUGUGGCAUGCCGCAGGGUCAGGCCCCUGCGAGGAGAUUUUGUGAUGGUGUCAGUGUGUGCAUUCAUUUCUGACCCAGUUUGGAAUGUAUCCGCAAUCGUGUGGCUCAACGCUUUAGGAAACGAUAGAUCCUUUUAUAUUACUCUUAUUGUUUCUGACGGUGACAAAUUUGUCUUGAGGUCACAGUUUCCCCUGGAAAAAGUGGCAUCAUGUCACUUCCGCUUUCACACUACUGCCAUAUUUCUGUAUGUUUUUGGUUUAGUUGUUGUUGGUAGAACAGUUCUAAGAAACUCUAAAACCCUUGGAUAGUUUAAAAAAAAUCUGAUGAUUGAUUUUUAAAUCUGUCCUUUCCAAAAGCUGGAUACCCGUGGAGCUGUUUGGGAAUUUUCUUUGCUGCUACCGUGCUGCCACCAAAUGGAAUUGACCAGCGGCUGUUACACUGUUCUUUGCCACUGUGCCUACGCUCAGAAUCUGCUCACUGCUAAGCUGCAGACUUGGACAGGGUCAGAAACAUAGGUGUCCCACCCCGUUGCAGACUGUGGACUGCGUUCCUUCCCUGGCACCAGCCUUGGGAGUUCAGAAGGGAGCAAAGACAAAAGGGCCAGCGCACCUGACCGGUGUGGCGUUCAUUUCAAACGGCAGUCAAGCUCAGAGUUUCUGAUAAGCCGACUGUUGUCUCUUGAGAACCUGUGGCCUCAACCCACCACCACGCUGAUGUGGCCCGAGUCCAUCUCUUGGUCUUCUCUUUUGAAGCACAGCCUAUUUCUGAGCCGAGGGUUGGGGAAACGCAUCUAGAUGUGGGACCCAUCAUCGCCCAGAGCCAAGGAGAGGAAGGGCCCCCUCCCUGAGCCGGGGCUCCCUUUGCAGCCUUUCCCAGUGAGAUCUUUUAAGCAGUGCCAUGUUCCUCGUUUGACAAUAAGACAGUCUAUAAAGUAUUGCUCUUAAUGAUAAUUUAAAAGAACCCUUUCAUGUUGGCACCAUUGCCUUAGUCCUCUAUGGGUCGGGCCGGAGUUCUGGUGGGAGUGACUGGCACUAAGAAGACUGGAAAACGGUGGGGGGCGGGGAGCUGUCAAAGUAAAAUUUCUUUUCUGCUUUCAUUCAUAAAAUAGUGAAGCCAGCUGCCAAUCACGUCCUCCCAACAGCACUUUGGUCUGCAGACUGCCGUGCUUUCAGAAGAGAAGUGCUGUGAUGGACAGUUGGCAUGCCAGGUUUUGAGAAGAGUGGAUGGUUUGAAGUGCUUGCAUAUACCUGUGCAAAAUCAACUGGCUGCCUCUGUUCCUAUUUUACUGUAAAUUUGAUGGUAUCUGUUCCUGUUCCAUUCUCUAGGGAGCUUCUCUAUAAACAAACACACAUACGCACACCCCCAAGUGGUGGAGAUGCUGGUGGUGUCUGGAUAGUCAUGGAUUUCUGUUGGACAUUUGAAUGUGUAAACAAUCCAGCAUCACUGGGGAAAUACUACAUGUAGAAUGUGCACGUUUCCAGGGCCGAGCAUUGUCAGUCAAGAGAUUUGCAAUGAUUUCCUUCCUGCCAAAAAUAAAUACAUGAAACUGCG